AUGGCACUUACAGUUUCACAAUAUUUGGAGGCUGAGCAAGAGAUAAGACGCCGGGCAGAGGAAAAGAACGUGCCUAUCCUCUUCAUCCAAGAUGUAAAAUCUGCAUUACUUGAAUUCGUGGACAGCAGUACUUUUGAGAGCAUUCCACUGGAAAAUCGAGAAAAUGCGGCGUUGGCCGCGCAAAUUACCCAUAAAUUCCUCCAAGACAGAGGAUACUCACUCAAUGGGUUGGAUGUCAAAGCCGGCCUCAAGAACUGCCGUUGGCCUGGACGGUUUGAUAUCAUUAAUUCCAAUGGCUUUACUUGGUAUUUAGACGGAGCACACAAUGAAACCAGUAUAGAAGUGGUUGCGAAGUGGUACGAGCGAAUGUCAGACGUUAACACAACGAAAGAGCGACUCAACGAAUAUGCCCAACUGUGGCAGGAUGAUUCACCUUCAUGCUCAAUUCAUAAAGCGAAGACUGUCGCAGAAGGAAUCGAUAAGGCAAGAGAAUUCGGGACGGAGACGAAUAUAUUGGUCACUGGAAGCUUAUACUUGGUUGAAGCUGCGCGGAAAACCGUGUCUAUGUAA